GGUUUUCCUGAAAAAUGCCUAUUUCAAACUUCUUCUCAAAUUCCAGCAGUGGGAUUCAGCUCUAACUUACCAGAGAUUGUCCUGAGAUGGUCCAGACCAUGUGUUGUUAUUUAUUGGGUCGGUCAGAGAUCUAAGAUGGCCACCAUGGCCAACAGUGCCACUAUAUACUUGCUACAGAGAAUACAUACUACAAUAAUAUAAGGGUCUUUGAUUUAGAGUCAGAUGAUCGUUAAGGCCCUCUUGUUUAGAGCCCUACCUGACAGUGUCUUGGUCUAUUCUGUCCCAAGGGAGCUGUUCUAGUGUGUGCGUCAACAUGUGUCGCUGUGGAAUUAUCUUACCCGGACCCGGGAUGGAGGUCUUUAGGGAGUAGCAGAAUGUCAGCAAUCAAAGCAGCCACUUUAUUUGGAAAUGCAGUAUGGGAAUGCAUUCAGUCUUUCAACAGAUUUCUUAUGACGCGAUAUCCUGAAGUAAUAGCAGUAAUAGGUUCUAUUGCAGUCAUUUUGAUCGUCAGCAAAGUCGUGAACUUUCGACAUUCCAUGGAUGGAAGAGGAAGAAGGAAAAAAAUUCUAGGCAGAAAACCCAUGGACGAUUACGACGCAGUUGUUGCAGAAAUCAAGCGCUUCUUUGACGACUCUAAAGCGGACGGGGUGACGAAAGAGGGAAUUUCAAGGCAUGUGACUCGUUCGAAAGUUCGUAAGGAUAUACGUGAUAGCAUAAGCCAUGCACAAGUUCCUAAAGGCAAAGAAAAAGGUUUGCAUUUUAUAUAA